AUGGCGUCCGUCACAAGCUCUAGCCUUACACACGGCUUCGCGCGAAGCGCCCGCGCUUCAGCAACAAAAAGUACCUCUUCUGAGUCCUCCUUGCGGGCAGCGAUUCCGUCAGCUUCUGCUGCAGCACCAUCUGCAGCACCUUCUUCGUCAUCUAGCACUACACGUCUAGCUCACACGCCUGUCGAGAUAGGUCCGACUCAGCUCAAUCGUCUGAGCGAGCACUACAACCGUACGCUUUCUCCGCUACUUCUCUACAUGACCUACGACCCUCAAAAUCUGACUCCUUCGAGUGACGAAGCUCUUCGAGCGAAAGAUCUGGAGCAUGGUGGGGUGACAUCCACAGCGUCGAGAGGCUGGGAUCCCGCUUCGCCUUACACGCAACACAGGCCGCAAAGACCACCCAGAGGUAAUCGAAGACUUGCACCCGCUCAAAAACCUCCAUCAGCAUACGACGCAUCCGAAGACCUUCCUCGCAUCGAGAGGUUACAUUUCUCCGUCUUCGUCAAAGACGCGGUGAGCAACAAACAACUUUUGGUACCAGUCAUUGCUCAGCUUAGAGCUAUUACGGGAGCAAGGGUACUGGGAAGCUUGGCCGACAAGGGCAUCAAUUUAGAGCAUCCAGGCGGCAAAGGCUACAUCAGGGUCGUCAAGAGCUCGACUAGGGCUGCUAGUUUCAGGGUCAGACCAGGCAUGCCGGUAGGCGUCACCGCGGUCUUGCCAGCUCCCGUGGCUCUCGAAGUUAUUGAUCAACUCUCCACCUUCGUUCUACCUCGGGUGCGGACUUUUUCUGGAUACGCUCUACCACCCGCUUCGGCUCCUGCGCGUUCUCCGGCCGCUCAAUCCGGCGUCGUCUCUUUAGGCUUGACGCCGGAAGCAAUGCGACUCUGGCCAGGCACAGAGGUCAACUGGGACGCUUACUCUGGCAAAGGUCUCGGUGCUCAGAUCGACAUUGUCACCAAUCUGAGAGGCCCACACGCCACCGAGAAGGCCCGUCUCCUACUCAGCGGACUCGGUAUACCUUUCUUGCGGCGUGGAGACAUCAGAACUUGAUCUGAUCGGCCAAGCUUCUGACAGAGUCUGAAAUGGCCAGUAGAAGAACGCGAAAGGACGCACGUACGCCUCGAUCAAUUGUCGACGGCGGCGGCGAUGCGCCGACAUCUGUUAUUCGAGAGGACCUUGUCGCAUUUUGACGUUGUACUCUGAACCACCAUUAAAUGCUACUCCAAAGUCAAACAAGUCAUGUAGACGCGAAGCUCAGUGAAGUACGUGUCAUGCCUCACGGUUCUCG